UGGUUGCUCGCUGCCUCGGCACUCGAUUUUCUCGCUGCUUGUGGUGUCGCCAUUUUCUAAGGGAAGUUCGGGCCGGUGGCGAGGCGCAUGGCGGGGAGGUACCGAAUAUUGAAGCAUGUUUGUUCCAAGGUCUCUUAAAGUCAAGAGGAAUGCUGAUGAUGACCUAAGCUGUACAGCAAAAAUAAAAAAGUUGUCUUCUGGAGAACCCUCAUUAGUGGAGGCCACAGACUUAAGAGAUGUUAAGCCAACUAUAAAAGAUGCGUCUGCUUCAGGAUGUAAUUUAUAUAAAGCAGUACAAGAAUGCACAGAGCUACAAACUUUUCCAGAUUCAGACUUCCCCUUUGCUGAUGAAUCUUUGGGAAGUGACAACCAAAAUGUUGAUGAAGACAGCUCCUCUGUAGAACCCAUUAAAUCUUUCAGCAAAUCCCAGCGCUGGGCAGAACCUGGAGAACCUAUAUGUGUUGUUUGUGGUCGUUAUGGUGAAUAUAUUUGUGAUAAAACAGAUGAAGAUGUUUGUAGUUUGGAAUGUAAAGCCAAACAUCUUUUACAAGCUCAAGAAAAAGAAGGGUUAAACUCUGACAGUCUUGUGAAAGUAGAAUCAAAACCAGAAACUCUUUUGCCUGUCACCCUUUAUACCUAUAAAGAACAUUCCUUUAUUUUAAGCCUGCAAGAUGACCAGAUCAAGAACCUUAAAUUGCAGUUAGGUAUUGUUGUCCAGGGCAAAGGAGUUACAAGACCUAUUAUAGAGUUUGAACACUGUGGUUUUCCUGAAACUUUAAACUAUAAUUUAAAGAAUUCAGGCUAUGAAGUUCCAACCCCUAUCCAGAUGCAGAUGAUUCCUGUUGGACUUUUGGGAAGGGAUAUCGUGGCCAGUGCAGACACAGGCUCAGGAAAAACUGCAGCCUUCCUGCUUCCAGUUAUUAUUAAAGCUUUGGAAGAGACUAAAACUCCAUCUGCACUUAUUCUGACACCAACGAGAGAGUUAGCAAUUCAGAUAGAGAGACAAGCUAAAGAGCUGAUGAUUGGUCUGCCAAACAUGAGAACAGUUCUUCUUGUAGGAGGUUUACCACUGCCACCCCAACUUCAUCGUCUGAAACAAACUGUUAAGGUUAUAAUAGCAACACCCGGAAGACUCUUAGAUAUUUUAAAACAAAGCGCUGUUCAGCUCCAUGAUAUUAAAAUUGUAGUCGUGGAUGAAGCUGAUACCAUGUUAAAGAUGGGCUUCCAGCAACAAGUGCUGGAUAUUUUGGAAAACACCUCCAGUGAUCGUCAGACCAUAUUGGUUUCAGCCACAAUACCAGCUGGCAUUGAGCAGCUGGCAAAUCAACUUCUGCAGAAUCCUGUGAGAAUAACCAUUGGAGAAAAGAAUCUGCCAUGUUCCAAUGUUCGCCAGAUUAUCUUGUGGGUAGAAGAACCAUCUAAAAAGAAAAAACUAUUUGAAAUAUUACAUGAUAAGAAACUCUUCAAACCUCCAGUGUUGGUAUUUGUGGACUGCAAGCUAGGAGCAGAUCUUCUGAGUGAUGCUGUUCAUAAAAUCACAGGAUUACAAUGCAUAUCCAUGCAUUCUGAUAAAUCACAAUCUGAAAGAACAAAUAUAUUGCAGGGAUUAUUUCAGGAAAAAUAUGAAGUUGUAGUAAGCACUGGAGUCCUUGGGCGAGGGCUUGAUCUUGUCAAUGUCAAACUGGUAGUAAAUUUUGAUAUGCCCUCAAGCAUGGAUGAAUACGUACAUCAGGUUGGAAGAGCAGGGAGGCUGGGUCAUAGUGGAACUGCAAUUACUUUUAUCAAUAACAACAGCAAGAAGCUUUUUUGGGAUGUUGUAAAGAGAGUAAAACCAACAGGCACGAUUCUUCCUCCACAGUUGCUAAACUCCCCUUAUCUUCAUGACCAAAAGAGAAAAGAACAACAGAAAGUUAAACAAUCACAGAAUAGUCUUGUAACAGGUGAUAAUCUUAUGGACAUUAUUAGAAAACAUGACAAAAGUAAUUCUCAGAAGUGAUUAAUGGUAUUAUUUAUAAAUGUGUAAAUAUAAUGAAAGCACUGUAUUUCAGUAAUAAUUAAACAUGAAUUUAUAUCACUGGUAUAAGAUCUGUCAAAGUUAGUUUUGAAAACGUG